CACGUGUCUCGUCACCGUAGUAACGGUUUGUUGACACCGUCUUCUUUGGCGUGAUGAGACUGAAACGGCUACACAUACGAUACUACCCACCAGGAAUAUUCCUGGACUAUGAGAAAGGGGGGCAGCUAAGGACGAAAUCCAUCGAUCUGUUAAACUUGACUCCAGAUGUUCAUCUUCUCUGUCUUCCUCUACAGGCACUUCAGGCUCACAUCUUGCCCCUGACGAAUGUAGCCUUCAAUAAAUCAGGAUCGAGUUUUAUAACUGGAAGCUAUGACAGGACUUGUAAAAUAUGGGACACCGCAUCCGGAGAGGAGCUGCACACUUUGGAGGGCCACAGGAACGUUGUGUACGCCAUCGCCUUCAACAACCCUUACGGAGACAAGGUUGCCACAGGCUCCUUUGACAAGACCUGCAAAUUGUGGAGUGCUGAAACAGGAAAGUGUUUCUACACAUUUAGAGGGCACACAGCAGAAAUCGUCUGCUUGGCCUUCAACCCUCAGAGUACCUUGGUUGCUACAGGCAGCAUGGACACCACGGCUAAAUUAUGGGAUGUUGAGAGUGGAAAAGAGGUGUCCACAUUGGCAGGUCACUUCGCCGAGAUCAUCUCUCUCUCCUUUAACACAAUGGGCGAUCAUUUGGUCACGGGGUCGUUUGACCACACUGCCAUUCUGUGGGACGUUUCUUCUGGCAGCAAAGUUCAGAUUCUCACAGGUCACCGAGGAGAAAUCAGCUGCGUUCAGUUCAACUGGGACUGUUCCCUCAUCGUCACGGCCUCUCUGGAUAAAACCUGCAAGGUGUGGGACGCAGACAGCGGUCAGUGUUUGGCUACUCUCUUGGGUCAUAAUGAUGAGGUGUUGGAUGUGUGUUUUAACUACACUGGUCAACUGAUCGCUACGGCCUCUGCGGAUGGUUCAUCAAGAGUGUUCAGCGCAGAAACCUUCCAAUGUUUGUGUCAAUUAGAAGGCCAUAAUGGAGAGAUAUCAAAGGUGUGUUUUAAUCCGCAGGGGAGCCGCGUUUUGACGGCGAGCGUGGAUAAGACGGCUCGUGUGUGGUGCGUGAACACGGGAGUGUGUUUGCAGGUGCUGGAGGGACAUUCUGAUGAGAUCUUCUCCUGCGCUUUCAACUACGAGGGAGACACCAUCAUUACAGGCAGUAAAGACAACACCUGCAGGAUCUGGCACUGAGAGAGCGGCCUGAACUUUGAUCUUACAGUACUCCUGCACCUCUUUUGAUUAAGAUAUUGUGUGUCAUCUUGUCACACUGCCGUAGUAUUCCAAUUCACAGAGAACAUGUAUGUGUGGAGGACAUUAUGGUAACGCUUUACUUGAAGCCUUCACAUAUA